CUCUGGUAAUUGUGUCCAAAAAACGACUUGAUAAAAAGGUAUUAAUCCUAUGUUCAGUGAAUACCAAAUACACGAAUUCAAUCCUUGAGAUGGAUUAGGAUUAGAUUUAGAACCGAACCCGAAUUGACCAUUAUCUAAGUCUUAAUCCUAGCCUAAUCUCAGGGAUUAAAUUCGUGUAUUUAUGAUCUACUAAACAUGGAAUAAUUAUUGCCAUGAAAGGGACUAAAUGAAUCAAAAUGGAAUAAAUCAAGUGGAAGCAUUUAUAUUGAAUUAUGGUGGAUAUUUUUCUUGAGUAGAUGUUUUCAACUCCUGACUACAAUCAUGUUUAUUUAUACAAAGAUGUCUACGAACCGAGCGAGGACAGCUUCUUACUGCUGGACGCAUUGGAAAGCGAAGCGGAUUUUCUCUUAGGUUUAAAGCCUAGUUUAUGCUUGGAGGUUGGUAGUGGCAGUGGUGUUGUCAUCACAUUCCUGGCUUCAAUUCUUGGAAAUGAUCUUCAUUAUCUGGCAACAGACAUCAAUCCAAAUGCUUGUAUUUGUACCCAAGAAACAGCUCGUAAGAAUGGUGUGCCUAUCAGUGUGGUGAACACAAAUAUGUGUGAUGGAUUAAGAUUUCCUGCAGGCAGACAAGUGGAUAUAUUAUUGUUUAAUCCUCCUUAUGUAGUCACACCUUCGCAUGAGGUAUCUGAUAAUGGGAUUUCCGCUGCUUGGGCUGGAGGAAACAAUGGUCGAGAGGUCAUGGAUAAACUCUUUCCAAUUGUACCGAAGAUUUUGUCAGAAAAAGGAGUAUUUUAUUUACUUGUUUUAGAGGAAAACAAACCAGCUGAAAUUUGCAAUAUCAUGGCAUUGUUUGGAUUUGAAACCAAGACUGUUUUGAAAAGAAAAGCAAGGAAUGAGCAUCUGUUGAUAUUAAGAAUACAUCGACCCUAGGUUUUAGGAUAUUUAUUAAGGUUGAAAGCAGGGAUUUGUGUCUCAUGCAUGUUCCAUAAUAAUUUUAGCCAGGUUGAAUUUUAUUCAUGAGCGUACAGCUGUUCGAUAUGUCAUUAACAGUAGAGGAAUAUGUUCGUCUCAGUCUCGUCGAUGUUCUUUUACGAACAA